UGAGGAGAGCAGAAGGAGGUGGCGGCGGCGGGAAGAUGCUGCUCUUUGGCGUAAAUUGCAAUCGAUUAGGGAUCGUUUCUCAGACUCAAGUUAGAAGUGAGAGUUCAGAUAAGUGAGGCCGCCAUUCCUGCUUUGAACACCUCAAGGGGAGAAUGGAUUUAUCAGGAGUGAAAAAGAAGAGCUUGCUAGGAGUCAAAGAAAAUAAUAAAAAGUCCAGCACUAGGGCUCCUUCUCCUACCAAACGCAAGGACCGCUCUGAUGAGAAGUCCAAGGAUCGCUCUAAAGACAAAGGGACCACCAAGGAGUCAAGCGAGAAGGACCGUGGCAGGGAUAAGACUCGGAAGAGGCGCAGUGCUUCCAGUGGAAGCAGUAGUACCAGGUCUCGGUCCAGUUCCACCUCCAGCUCAGGAUCCAGUACCAGCACAGGCUCAAGUAGUGGCUCCAGCUCUUCCUCUGCAUCCAGCCGCUCGGGAAGCUCUAGUACAUCCCGCAGCUCCAGUUCCAGCAGUUCCUCUGGAUCUCCCAGCCCUUCUCGGCGCAGACACGACAACAGGCGGCGCUCCCGCUCCAAAUCUAAGCCACCUAAAAGAGAUGAAAAGGAAAGGAAAAGGCGGAGCCCUUCCCCUAAACCUACCAAAGUGCAUAUUGGAAGACUCACCAGGAAUGUGACCAAGGAUCACAUCAUGGAGAUAUUUUCUACCUAUGGAAAAAUUAAAAUGAUUGACAUGCCUGUGGAAAGGAUGCAUCCUCAUCUAUCCAAAGGUUAUGCAUAUGUGGAGUUUGAGAAUCCAGAUGAAGCUGAGAAGGCACUGAAGCACAUGGAUGGAGGACAAAUUGAUGGCCAGGAGAUUACUGCUACUGCUGUGUUGGCCCCCUGGCCUAGGCCACCCCCCAGGCGAUUCAGCCCUCCCAGGAGAAUGCUGCCGCCACCUCCCAUGUGGCGUAGGUCACCCCCACGGAUGAGGAGGAGGUCACGCUCUCCAAGACGCAGGUCCCCCAUGCGCAGGCGGUCCCGCUCUCCAGGCCGCCGCCGCCACAGAAGCCGCUCCAGUUCAAAUUCCUCCCGAUAAAUAGGGCCACCGAAGCUCAUCUAUACCUUAUAUUCCACCCAGCUCAGUUGUGUCACUUUUCUAGCUGAAGGAGGGUCAGCAGAAAAGACUCCCUCACUUGGCAGGCUUCAAAAGCAGCAGUUGAGGCCUUUCCUCUGCAGGCAGAUUCUGACUGCAGAAGUGCUCAUGGUUCAGGGCUAUGUCCAUUGAGGGGCCCUGCAGUUUUCUGGCUAGAGAGCUCACCCAUUCCUGUUCCUAAGUCUGUUCAGUGGCAGAGCCAGCAGGGAUCAGCAAGUUUCCAGGUGGCAGUGUGGCUCAGCUUUUUCAGAGAUGACCUGAGCUAGUCUGGCAAACCUGGUUAGUGCCCUUGCUGAUGCUGUGCUAUGUCUGCAGGGGACCAACCUGCCAUUCCUGUUAGGCCUGGCCUCCCCCACACACACUUGAAUUCUCUUCCAACCUCUAGGGUUGUCCCCCCACCUGUUAAUUGCUGUACAUGGUUCUGGCUUUCCAUCUCGUCUCCACCCCUCUGCCCCACAUAUCCCUUACUCUCAAAUUGGUGAGCAAGUUGAGAGCCAGCUCUGCAAGGUCAUUACAGAGCCCCCUGUUCUGACUGCCAUUGGUGGUGGUCUUGCAGGAUACCUUGGCAACGUGUAUAUUGCUUUUUUUUUUUUUCCCUCAUUGUACAGUCAGUACUAUAAAAUUUGUUUUUGAGUUUUGUAACUUUGUAGCAUUUUAGAUAAGGUUGUGUUUGUACUUUGUUGUGUAGAGUGAUGAAAACGAAUUGAAUAAACCUAGGAUUAGAA